AUGUCGAAACAAGAGAGCAACGCGGCGCAAAAGGCCGCAGCGGAUGACGAGCCCGACGACUGGGACAAGCGCAUCUUCAGCACGGGCUGUGCAGACGAGAACGCCAGGUUGACCGAUUGCUACUUUGAAAAGAAGGACUGGAGGCAGUGUACGGCCGAGAUGGAGCGGUUCAAGAGCUGCUGGAAGCAGCAGGGCAACGACCAGCGGACCGAUAUGAAGGAUGCAUGA